AUGUUAGGCGCCAUCUUUGACGCUGGCAGCGGAGACGGCAACGGCCUGAGCGGCGGCCCCGGCGGAUCGAGACGACGCGGUAGCGGCAGCGGCGGUCCCCUGGGGUUCGGUAAAGUCCCUGCUCGCCGCUGUGGCGAGGCAGGUACUCAUCUGGGGACACUGACUCUUUGGUGACAUCUCCAAGCAGACUUUGGACGACGCUGCCGACACAGCACUAGGUGCCAGCUGCCAUGUUUUGCUUAUAUUGUAAAAUUAAUGAUUCAGGACUUUGAGCAGAGGAGCACUGAGAACAGGUGUCAGUGUCGCCCUUGGACUGAGAGGUGGGUGAUAUAUCCUAGCCUUGAAACUGGUUUUCUAAGGAGUGCUGUGCUGGGAUCUGAACGUUUUGUCUUGGCCACUUUACUGGAUCCCUGCUGUAAAGGUUGCUUUGAAGAAUUCCUUCUGGUGCCUCUUGAUGUGUCAAGCUCAAGACAGAUCUGUACUGAAGUGGUGUCUGAUCUGAUGAGUGCUUCAGUUCAGGGUUAUUUUUUGACAGUUCCAGAAACACCAGGCCAAUCAGCCCUUUCAGGAACAGAUGGAUUUGCUUCUCAUUUCAAGGAAGAACAUUGUAAUUUAAGUUCUUGAAGUGGCACAUCUUCAAAUAGAGUCGAUCCAGCUGUCGAGGCUGGUAACUCAGGGCUCUGGCCUUCAGAGAUCACCGUGAAAUGUGACUCCAGCUCAGUGGCAGAGGAAGCUGAGACGAUCAUCUGCUUCAACCUUUGCCUUCUUGGCCAGCAACCUUGUGGUCUUUGCUCUCAGAGGGUCUUGGUUGCUGUAACCCUCAGUCACAGAACUUGCCCCCAGUCCAUGUUUAGACAGUAUUUAACAGCUAGAAUUGACUAAACAAAUGCGAAGAGUAGAAAUUGAGACUUUUGCUCCAGUUUGGGACAACUUAGCUUUAGAUUUAGAAUGAGAUGUGUUAGUGAGAGGCUGUUCUGUGCUUCAGACGAGGUGAAGGUGUGUGAUGUGCGUGUUCUAACACACUGUUCCAGAUUGUGACACACAGCACACCAGCACGCACCAGCACACACCCACACACACUGUGCUCUCAGCCCGUGGAGGACAGGAGCAGGUAAAUCAGCAGCAGCUAUUUUACCUCUGGGGUGACACUGACCGAUUGAAACAGGGGGUUAGAACAUGUAGUUCCUGCUGCUCUUCCUUCCCUGUCAUCUCCCUCUACUGAUAAACAGGGGUGUCAAAACAUCUUUAAUAUUUUUGUAAGAAAAGACACAAAGUAGGCCAGCGAGUACCCCUGGGUAGAUGCAGUAACACUUCUCUUGUGCAUUUGUUGGGGUUCCCUUCUUGCUCUUUGGUAGCAGAUGAGGAAGCUGGAAAAAUGGACCAGGGAACAGGGCUCCUUCAGUACCAAGAAAGACAAGCUUGUAAAAUAAACUAGACAGACUUUCAUUACACUAUUUAUCUUUUCUAGCAAAGAUAAAAUUUAUGGCACUUGUGGCUUGUUUUUCCUGACUCCUACCUGCUACAUCUGUCAUUUUUUUUUUCUUUUUUUUUUUUUUUUUUUUACGAAAUGAAUUCCAAAAUCUCAGUAAAAAACUUUACUAGCGUUCUGGAGAAAAGAAAAGUGUUUAAAAUUCUCAUCAACUUCCACUGGAGACCUGCUGAGUGCACCAGAGUUACUCAUUUUUAUUCAGGCUUUCAGGGGUUAGUUCAGUUGAUGUCUGUUCAGCACUCAGAUUGCCAUGUUAACUGAUACCAGUUUAAAAAAAAAAACCACAACUAUUUUUGAGUUAAUAUUUUUAAAAAUGAAGAGACUUUUAAGGAGUUUGGAACUUUGAAGGUUUUUUAGGGGGUUUUUUGUGGGUUUUUUUUUGUUUAUUUUAAAGUUUUGCUUUUUUGCCCAUUCCUUAAAUAAGAUCCAUUCAAAUUCUGAGCAGCUCUUGAAGCCUGCUCAGGAAUAUGGAAGGCAACAACCAAAAUGCUGAGCUGCCUGGGUGUUCAAACCAGCUAAAUCUGAGGGGGUUUCUUUUUUUCUUUUUUUUUUCCCCAGUUCUGGUGGAUAUAGUAACGUUGCAUUAUACAGGGGUCUCUCACUUCCUAGGGAAAAGAAACGCCGCCUUCUAGAGCAUGAAUUCCUUCUGAUUUGUGUUUGAAUGCCCCUGCUCAGCCAAGCAGUGGUCCUUAAUUGCCAUCUGUUUAAGUCUUGGCUUGUGCAAACUAAAGAAAUGUACUUGAAAUUUAACUGUCAGUGAAAUUUAACUUGGUGACACGUUUUGGAAAAAUUUUUCUUACCAAACUUCUACAUGAAAGAGCACCAGGAAUUUUUAGAAGUAGAUGCAUAGGAAUCUGUGUGACCCAAAGUCUGGUUUUGAAGGUGCUAAAGGUCAAAAGUGAAUAGUCCCAUUAAUACCGAAGAAGGGAAGAAAACCUUGCCCUUAACUCCUGUUUUUAUUCCCUUUGUCAAGCAGUCAAAAACCAGUAACUAAUACAAAAACCCAACUUUUCCUCUCUUUAUUUUAGAUUUGGGAAAAUUCCCUGCCAAAAAAAAAUAUCCUGGAAAAUUCACUAGUGUUUGUGUGAGUAAAAGGUUCCAACCUUUUAUUAUUAAUUUGUAAGAACUUUUUCAUUCAGUUUUGUCCAGAAGAGUCGGAAAUACUUAGCACAGAAAUGUGCAGCAUUUUAAAGAAAGGGGUCAGAAUCACUUCAAUUUCAACUUUUUCUGGUCUGGUUGCAGGUUUUAUGGCAUUUAUGUAUCUUUAAAAAAAAUAAGAAAGUAUCUGACCACAUCAAAAAAAAAAAAAA